CAGCGCAAGAGCGUGUAGCAUGGCUGGCUAGCAGCUCAAAAGAUCUCGUCUUGUCUUUAGUGCGGCAACAAGGACAAUUGGUCGAGUGUAAUAAUUCUACGAAGUGGCGAGGAGGACGGUGAACAUGUCAGAAGUGAAAGUGAAGAUGGAAACGAACGUUUGUGAGCCCGCCGAAGUUGAAAACAGGAUCAAGGCACUGUGUCAGCAGUUUCCUCACGGCAUCACGGACGAGGUGAUCCAGAACGACAUGCCUCAUUUGGAACCUCAGCAGAGAGCCAUGGCCAUCAACAAACUGCUCUCAUUGGGUCUGCUGGAUCUUCUGAGGAACAGCAGCGGUCUCCUCUACAGGCUGAAGGACACGCAGAGUGCCAGCAAGAUGAAAGGUUCAGACAAUCAGGAGAAGCUUGUCUACCAGAUCAUUGAAGACGCCGCCAACAAAGGCAUCUGGAGUCGAGACAUCCGCUUCAAGAGCAACCUUCCUCUGACUGAGAUCAACAAGAUCCUCAAGAACCUGGAGAGCAAAAAACUCAUCAAAGCUGUCAAGUCUGUGGCGGCAUCCAAGAAGAAAGUGUACAUGUUGUACAACGUUCAGCCCGACCGCUCGGUGACCGGCGGCGCCUGGUACAGCGACCAGGACUUUGAGUCGGAGUUCGUGGAGGUUUUGAACCAGCAGUGCUUCAAGUUCCUGCACAGCAAGGCGGAGUCUGCACAGGACAGCAAGCAGAGUCCGAUGCUCCAGAGGAACAGUUCCUUCGCCACCUCGCAUGAAGUCUGGAAGUACAUCUGCGAGCUAGGCAUCAGCAAGGUGGACCUGUCCAUGGAUGACAUCGAGACCAUCCUGGACACGCUGGUGUACGACGGCAAGGUGGAGAUGAAUGUGAUGGCAGCCAAGGAGGGCACGCUGGGCAGCGUGGACGGACGCAUCAAACUGUACCGCGCCGUCAAUGUCGUCGUCGCGCCCACCGGCCUGGUCAAGACGCCUUGCGGACUCUGCCCGGUUUUCGACGACUGUCACGAAGGCGGCGAGAUCUCGCCGUCCAACUGCAUCUACUUGGAUCAAUGGCUCGAUUUCUGACACUGACGUCGUCACUGAUUCCCACAACAAGUUUCUAUAAUUCAUGUUUUUUUGAACAGCAUGUCAAUUGCAUUCUGGGUAACGACAUGCAAUGUAGCACUUUCCUAUCUUCAAUAAAGUCAUCCAUGCGCCA